AUGUCGGAAUCUGUUUCGGAAGCCAAGCCUAAACCUGAUGGGUAUUUGGUUCUCGCCAAUAUCUCGAAGAACCAUAAUAUCGGAAAUAUGGUGCGGAGUGCUUGUGCAUUUGGUAUGAAGGAAGUCAUCGUCAUCGGCCAGCCCAAAUUAAUGCUCUACGGUUCUCAUGGAACCGCUCACCACAUAAAGAUCCGCAAAUUCGGAACGAUGGAGGAGGCCAAAGCAUGGUUCAAGGAAAAUAACAUCAUUGUUUGUGGAGUUGAGAUUGUGCCAGAAGCAGAGGACGUUCGCACCCACCCGUUCCGCGGAAACACUGCGAUCAUGAUGGGCAACGAGGGUUCCGGAAUGAAUGAGAAGCAGCUGGGGAUGUGUGACCAUUUUGUCUAUAUUCCACAGUUCAGUCAGGGGACGGCAUCGUUGAAUGUGAAUGUCGCCGCCUCUAUAGUGAUGCAUCAUUUUAGCACAUGGGCAGGGUAUGAAGAGGCAGAGCGAGAGAAAGACCGAGCGAAAUUCGUCGUAGAGUCGUUCGUGACUGGGAAAGAUAGGGAGCGGACAGAGGAGGAAAUCCAGCUUUCUCAGGAGCGACGUCGACUGCGCGAAGAGAGAGAAAAUGAAGAUAUUGACAUGGAAGGUGUACUUGAGGACUAG